ACGGACGGACAGACGAGAGGACUGUGUGCCGCGGGACUCGGGUCCCACCCCGCGCUGGCCACCCACGACCCUCGAGUGGCACCCCCGGGACCCUCCGAUCCGUGGCUGCCGGGUCCCCGACGUGACCCAUCGCUUCCCGGGUGUCCGCGUCCCCACGAGCACUAUGAACGAAGAGGAGCAGUUUGUAAACAUUGACUUGAAUGAUGACAACAUUUGCAGUGUUUGUAAACUGGGAACAGACAAAGAAACACUCUCUUUCUGCCACAUUUGCUUUGAGCUAAAUCUCGAGGGGGUACCAAAAUCUAACCUUUUACAUACCAAAUCACUGAGAGGCCAUAAAGACUGCUUUGAAAAAUAUCACUUAAUCGCAAACCAGGAUUGUUCUCGAUCCAAGCUUUCCAAAAGUACUUACGAAGGAGUCAAAACCAUUCUGAGUAAGAAGAUAAACUGGAUUAUACAGUAUGCACAAAACAAGGAUAUGGAUUUGGAUUCCGAGUGUUCCAAAACUACCCAACAUCACCUGUUUAAUUUCCGGCAUAAGCCAGAUAAGAAAUUACUCCCGCAGUUUGACUCCCAAGUGCCAAAGUACUCUGCCAGAGAGAUAGCUGGGAACGCGGGUGGCAUCUCAAGUUAUACACAAAGAAUCUUGGAGCACAGAGAAAGUACAGACUUCGGGCUUGCAAUAUUGCAAGACUCAGAUAUACGGUGGCAUCACAAACACAACCAAGCACAGAAGAAAGAAGAGAAAAGCUCUGGCCCAGAGGCGAAUGUCCAGAGCCAGAAUCCACAUUAUAGCAGAGAGGAAUUGAAUUCAAUGACCCUUGGUGAAGUAGAAGAACUGAAUACAAAGCUCCAACAGCAAAUCCAGGAAGUUUUUGAAGAGUUAUCUCAGCAAGUGCAAGAAAAAGACUCUUUGGCGUCAGAGCUCCAUGUCCGUCAUGUUGCUAUCGAGCAGCUUCUCAAGAACUACUCCAAGCUACCAUGCCUGCAGGUGGGACGGGCAGGGACGAGGUCACACCCGUCCAUGAACAACUGAGCUGAACGCAGAUUCUGUGCUCUCCCCUCUGCUGGUCUGCCAAGCAUGUGAACCUAGAAAAUGCUGGAAGAAAGCUAUGGUCCAUUUUUGUGGUUGUACUUGAAAAACCUAAGAUAAUAUUUAUUAAUCUAAUAAAGCAGAUCACUCUAGUCUAGGGUUAAUCAUUUGGCUUCAUUUGGGGACUUUUUCUUAUAAUUACUAAAUGCCCCUCCCUAACUUUUACCAUGUGUAAUAUCCUGUUACAAUGUGUUCUUAUUGGACAUUUUCUAUUGUUACUCAACUGUCAAAACAAUAGAAGCCUAAUUAGGUCUAUGUUAGUCUAGAACUACUAGAGAUAGUUUUUAAGAGGGAAGUAGAAUUCAUAAUAUCAUCUUAUUUAUGAGCAAUAUUUUAAUAUAAAAUUUUAUAUAUAAAAUUGCUAUUUUGGGUAUUUUCCAUUGUCUUUGUAAAUGUGUAUUUGAAUGGCCAUGUAUAUUUGCACUUCCAUGUGUGAAUAUGUUUGCCCAUAUAAAAGAUCACUGCAUUUUGGAGAUACAGUGUUUUUAUAACUGUUAUCUUUCUUUCCAAAGACAAAUGUGUUUUGGAUAGUAUUUGGAGAAGCAAUCUACCUAGUUGAGCUGUGUUAAAUACCAACAGCGUAUGGAAGUGAAGUUAAUCACUCUUAAAAGCAAAUAUUCAAGGAAAUAAAGCACAUUGUUGUUUUCUGAUGAAAGCAAUUCUGAGUUAGCUUAGGAAGAAAAUACUAUCGUGAUCCUUGUGUGUCAGUUCCGUUAAAAGAAGAAGCCCUGCUCUGCUUCUUAACUCAAGACUUCUUCGAUGUGUUCAUUUUUGGAUAAAAGUAAAUCAUCUCUCAGCCCUGAGUCCGGUGUAACUCCUAUUCUCAGACUGUAACUGUCCUGUUUGGGUGGGGGAAGUAAAAUUAUUACGUGUGCCACUGCACAUGAAAUCCCGAUGAUCUGUUCACUGUCCGAAUUCUGCUGUCAGCAUCACUGAAAUCAGUCCUCAAAAAAAUGAAAGAAAGAAAAGGCAUUUAAGAUAUUUUUCUAAGUUUUAAAAUCUAAAGGGAUAAAAGAUUGCAAAGCACAAAAAAAAUCAACACUCAAUUCAGUAAAAUAACCUCACUUUAAAAAGAUAUUAUAAGCUACUUAGGUUCUAGAUUCCUAACUAAUAAAUUAUCUCAAGGAGUUAAAUAAGAUUUAAUAACAUAAUAAAAGGUAUGACCAAUCCAAAAUGAAGAUGGGCUCUGGAUUGUUUUUAAUGGUGCUAAGAAUGUGUUUGUGUGGUAAGCUAAGGAAAGACAGGUUGGCAGCUUCAAGCAUAAAGGUUAUUUCUCCCUUUAUGUUGGCUAUCUGUCUGGGCACGGGUCAGACUUCAAUGUUGAACACAAAUAGUAUUUGACUAAGCAAAGAACUGCUUCCCUGUCGGAAAAGCACUUUUCCGGAAUGCUCAGAUGGAUGAAAUUGGCCUGGAUUUUUGUACAUUAGUUGAUAGCCCAGUACUUUUGCUUUUUCCUGAAUCAAACUUAACUUUUAAGCUUUUUGAAGGGAACUUUUGAAAAUGACACUUUUUAGUGUCCUCCAAAAUGAAUUUAAAAUCUGGAGAGUGGAGAUGAAUGCAUUGCCUUAGUGUUGAUAAGCUUUAAAUUGAAUGUGUGCAAUAUGGAAGCAUCCACAUUUCCAGGCUGGAUAAAGACAUGUUACCUUUUCAAGUUUGACUAUACCCCUGCUUGGCAUAGCUCAUCAAGAGUGUUAGCAGCCAGUGUAUUGCACACAGUUGGGGACUGUCAUAGGAGUCUAGGAUCCUUAGUAUUUGGCACGUGCAGUACUUAGUGUAUUUCUAUCAUAGGAGACAUACGGUGCAGUCCUAAAUACCAGUGUUAUCCAAAGAAAACGUUUGCUGAUCUCUUUCGAGAGUUUUCUGGCAAACAUUUAGUUUACUAAUGAGUUUGGACUGACUAGGAUUUUCCUGCAUCCUGAGGUCUUAACUGGGACCUCCGAUUCAUUUCAUUUAGGUAUUUCACCUGAAACAUCAAAGGAAUGGUGCUUGUAAGUACAUCUGGUGCUGGCACUCCCACUAGUACUCAUUCCCGUGAAUUUUGUUGGAGUAUAGUAUUUCAUGUUGUUUACCCACUAGUGAUUUGUUAUAGUUGGUCUUGGUGUUGGUGAUGGUGGUGGUUUUUGGUUUGUUUGUUUGGAGACAAGGUCUUGCUACAUAACUUUGGCUGGCCUAGAAUUCUCUAAGUAGGCCAGGCUGGCCUGGAAUUUGUGGUGGUUCUGCCUCAGGAAGAGAUAUGCUUUCUUGAUUGAAUAUGCAAUUAUUGUAUAUGCACAAAUAAGGAUGGGGACAGAGUUGAGUUACAGUUUAGGAAAAGAACUAUCACAAAUACUGGUUUCUAUAUUUGGUUCUUUCUAAAUAGUUGUAUAUUUGAGGAAGUUUAGAAGAAACACACGAUUUCAUUUUUAAAAAACAACAAGGAGACAGACUGCUAGUGAGCUCUUACAUUUCGGAGCUUCUGGGGGUGAGGAGCAAAGGGCCGUCUUGCCAUACUAGACUUCUUAGUUAAAGAGGAUGAAGAGUUUUCAAGUCAGAAGUCAAAUGUGAUUUUAGCAUGAUUUUUGUCUUUUAAAGAUUGGUGUUUUUAUGUGUCUGGUAUACAUCAGGCCAGGUUAAAUUCCUGUUACCAUAGUAAAUACCCAGAGGAUUGGGUUUGGGUUCCACUGUGUUGUCCAGGCUGGCCUCAGACAGCACCCGUCUUACUGCCUCAGCCUCUGAACGCUGGGCUCAGCACACACUGCCAUGCCUGGUUUAACUUUUUUCUACUGUCCCACCUUGUAACCUUUCUCCUCAGAUUAUCGGCUUAUCCUGAGUCUAGUAUUAGUUUUCAUAUUUGUUUUGGAAAAGGCAUGCACCUGAGACACCAUGCUGGUGGACCAAGCAGUCAGUUGAUUUCAUUGUGUGAUUCUUGUAUGCAGUAUUGGAAUAAAGAGAAGCCCUUAGGUUUCUUAGCUAUAUUUCACCAAAAAGUGCCCAUUUUUAUAAAUAUUUAAGGAUUAUUUUUCAGAAUGUGUUCAUGUUGGGAAGUGCUUUUAGAAAUACAGCUGAAGUAUAUGCUGAUGCCAUUUCAUAGGUGGUUUUUGAAUUCAUGGUUUUGUGUUGUAUCAUAUCUGCUGUUGAAAAUGGCUUUUACCUUUUUAGUUUGUUUAUAUAAUGCUUAUCUUGGUGUUUAUACUGCAAAGGUCCAUUUGUUUUUUGUUUUUCUUUUAUUGUUAAUUUUUAAAGUAAUUAUUUUGGUCCAUUUGUAUUAAUGUUUACCAGUUUGGGUUUUAUUCUGUUUGUUUUUAGGAGAAAUGUGCUUUCCUUGUUAACAUUGUAUGUAGCACAAAACAUGUGUGUUCCAAACUUAAGUAGGAAUUUUAAAGAUCUAUGUAGCUUUUCAAAGGGCUCAGAUUUGGGACCAUGAAAAGUAAUUACAUGCACAUGAAAUACUUUAUUAAAGUAUAGUAGAGUAUAAUGUUACUUUUACUUUUUCGCCUGUUCAUUUACUAUCAAAUGUUACUAUUGUUCAUGCUAAAGCACGAUGUGUGAAUAUUUUAAAACUUCAUAAGUAUAAAAAUUUUAUAUACCCUCUAUUAAGAUAUGACUCUAAAGCAGAGACUUGAUUUGAUUUUGGUCUGAUUCCAUUUUUACUUUGAACAGAAUUUUUUUUUAAGAAAUUUGGUUUUAAAAAAUUUACUAAAAGACAGAGCCCUAAAUAAAUACCCUUGCCCAGUUAGGCUCACAAGGGCUCACAAGGGUUUAUCGGCUGGGGUAAUAGGACUCUUUGGGGAAGGGAGGUCACAGUGGGCAGAGGAGGAUACGACCUUUCACCUACAUCAGUACAACCUCAGGCUGCAUCCACUUUACGUGAACCGGAUCAUGUGGGUCUGGAACAUUAAUGUUUUUAACACUUAGUUUAUAAAUCAUAUUUUCACUAUUAUUUUUAGUUUGAAGGAGUCUCUGUUAUAAUUAUUCAGUAACUUUUCUCCAAUUUCAACUCUACCAACGUGAAGCAAAAAUGUCAUGGAGACACAUGUACGUGUUUAAAACUGCGCUUGCUUCAGGGGGGUAGUGAGUUUAGUUUUGCUGUUUUGUUGUUUUUCACUUCCCCAUCCUACUCCCUCCAGAAGAGGUGGUUUAAAAAGUGCUCAGUAGUGGUAUUUGUGUGUGUGUGUGUGGCGGGGGGGGGGGGGGGAGGGGAGACAGAGAAACAGACGCUUUAAACCUGACUGGCAUAUGCUGUAGUCAUUGAACUUUAAUCUCUGUUGUGCUGACAUUUAGAAAACGAAAAUGAAACUUCUGUGGUCAAAGCUGUGUUUCAGAAGGGUUUAUUUAGUCAUUAUCUGGUUGUUAUAUGCAAUAAUUUAUAUAUUUGUAUUCUGCUUUGAAACUGUAACUAGAUAAGCUUGUCUACUAUUUUUAACUUUACAGUAAUAAAACAUAUUUUGUUAUCUA